AUGUUUACUUUGAAAAAGUUAAGACUGGGAUGACUCCUGAAACCUACGAGUCUCUAUUUGUUGAAUAUUCGUGGGCGUGCAACAAGCUCUGGCCCAGACAUAGCUAAAGAAAAACCCUCAGAAAAUUAUAUAACCACCUGAGCUAAACAAAGAAAAUACUGAAGGAGUAAUUGAAAAUGGGAUCAGCAGAUGAAAGCAACAGUAACAGAAGUUUAAUGGCAUUGACAGUGCCUCGGUUAGUGGGCGGGCUUCUGGUGUCUGCAGCGCUGCUGGGAGUGUAUUUGGCCCCUGAAGCUUUCAUUCCAUUUUCGAGGCGAAUGAAAAGAAAGAAGAAGCGCGUGAGGGUGUACAUGGACGGUUGUUUCGACCUGAUGCAUUACGGCCACUGUAAUGCACUCAGACAGGCUCGUGCACUCGGCGAUGAGCUCGUUGUCGGUGUUGUAAGCGAUGAGGAAAUCAUAGCCAACAAAGGGCCUCCUGUCAUGUCGUUGAAUGAAAGGAUGGUGAUGGUAAGUGCUAUUAAGUGGGUGGAUGAGGUUAUUGCAGAUGCUCCUUAUGCGAUCAAUGAAGACUUUAUGAACAAAUUGUUCAAUGAGUAUAAAAUUGAUUACAUCAUACAUGGAGAUGAUCCGUGUUUACUUCCAGAUGGCAGUGAUGCUUAUGCUCUUGCUAAGAAGGUUGGACGAUAUAAACAGAUAAAGCGAACAGAAGGUGUAUCGAGCACUGAUAUUGUUGGUCGAAUGCUGCUUUGUGUCAGAGACAGGCCCAACAGUGACAGUCAUAAUCAUGCUUCUUUACAACGACAAUUUAGUCAUGGGCACAACCAGAAGACUGAGAGUGGUGGUUCUUCAAAUGGAACUCGAAUUUCCCAUUUUCUCCCUACAUCUCGUCGAAUUGUGCAGUUUUCCAAUGGGAAGGGUCCUGGACCAGAUGCACGUAUUAUUUACAUUGAUGGUGCUUUUGAUCUUUUUCAUGCCGGACACGUGGAGAUACUAAAACGUGCUAGAGAGCUUGGAGAUUUUUUGCUUGUUGGUAUUCACACAGAUCAAACUGUCAGUGUUCACCAAGGGCCUCAUCAUCCGAUUAUGAAUCUUCAUGAGCGAAGCCUUAGUGUUCUAGCUUGUCGAUAUGUGGAUGAGGUUAUUAUUGGGGCUCCAUGGGAGAUCACCAGAGAUAUGAUUACAACCUUCAACAUCUCAUUGGUUGUCCAUGGCACUGUUGCUGAGAAUGAAAAUCCUUUGAAUGGCCAAGUUGAUCCAUAUGAAGCACCUAAGAGUAUGGGAGUAUUUAAGAUACUGGAAAGCCCAUUGGACAUAACAACUACAACAAUUAUUAGAAGGAUUGUUGCUAAUCGUGAAGCUUAUCAGAAGCGCAAUGAGAAAAAGGUAGAAAGUGAGAAGAGGUAUUAUGAAGAUAAGACAUUUGUUAGUGGCGACUAAUAGUUUGAUCCAAGCAAGAUCUACAACUAAUUCUGAUAUUUCACGCGGCAUGGUGGCUUUGGCAUUUCAUUUUGAUGCUCUUUUGCAUCUACCCGUUCAACCUAUGGGUUAAUCUUGUAAGCGUUUUGUUUGAGAGUAUCAUAUAUUAGUAAAGGUGUAUUUCUUUGCAUCUAUUCUUGUUAGCAGUUCUGGAAAAUUUGCAACAGCUCCAUGUCCACUACAAAUUUUCCACAUUUCUUCUCAAAUUUUUAUUAUUAUAAAGUCGGAAAGGAAGGUUAAAGUAAAUUGAGCUUUAGGGUUUGAUUAUAAUAUUUUGCAACAUUUUAUAAUUUAUAUGAUGCAUUUUUGAGUUU